AUGCUUCUGAGUACUGAGCAGGUGAAUCUCACUGGACAAGUGUUUGAGUCAUAUAUUUUGGAAUACCACAAAAAUGACCUCUUGCAGAUUUUGAGAGAAAAAGAUGAUGAUGUUCAUUACCCAGUUAUUAUCAAUGCUCUGACACUUUUUGAGGCCAACAUGGAAAUUGGUGAAUAUUUCAAUGCAUUUCCUAAUGAAGUGCUCCCCAUUUUUGAUAAUGCAUUGCGAAGGGCAGCUUUGUCAGUUUUUCAGUCUGUUUCCCAAGCUCAUGAUGUCAGCAUUAAGCAGAAUCUUCAUUCCAGAAUCUCAGGUUUGCCGGUUUGCCCAGAGCUAACGAGAGAAAACAUCCCAAAGACCAAAGAUGUGGGACACUUCCUUUCAGUCACUGGGACCGUUAUUCGUGCAAGCCUAGUGAAGGUCCUGGAGUUUGAACGAGACUACAUGUGCAACAAGUGCAAACACGUGUUUGUGGUCAAGGCUGAUUUUGAACAGUACUAUACUUUUUGCUGUCCAUCAACCUGCCCUAGUGAAGAAGGCUGCAACUCAUCUAAGUUCACUUGUCUCUCAGGAACAUCGUGCGCUCCCAACAGCUGCAGAGACUAUCAGGAAAUCAAGAUUCAGGAACAGGUUCAAAGGCUAGCAGUUGGUAGUAUCCCUCGUUCCAUGAUAGUUAUCCUUGAAGAUGACUUAGUUGACAGCUGUAAAUCUGGUGAUGACAUAACAGUUUAUGGAGUAGUAAUGCAGAGGUGGAAGCCUUUUCACCAAGAUGCACGUUGUGAUGUGGAAAUUGUCUUGAAGGCCAAUUAUAUUCAAGUGAACAAUGAGCAGCUGGCAGGACUUAUAAUUGACGAGGAGGUCCGCAAGGAAUUUGAAGACUUUUGGGGAAAACAUAGGAAUGAUCCCUUAGCAGGAAGGAAUGAAAUUUUAGCAAGCUUGUGCCCUCAGGUUUUUGGGUUGUAUCUGGUGAAGCUGGCUGUAGCCAUGGUGCUUGCAGGAGGUGUUCAGAGAACAGAUGCUGCAGGCACUCGAGUUAGAGGUGAAUCUCAUCUUUUAUUGGUUGGAGACCCUGGGACAGGGAAAUCUCAGUUUCUGAAAUAUGCUGUAAAGAUUACCCCGCGAUCUGUACUUACAGCAGGAAUUGGAUCCACAAGUGCAGGUUUGACAGUAACGGCUGUGAAGGACUCUGGAGAAUGGAAUCUGGAAGCAGGGGCACUGGUGUUGGCUGACGGAGGUCUUUGUUGUAUUGAUGAAUUUAACAGCAUCAAGGAACAUGACAGAACCAGCAUUCAUGAGGCAAUGGAACAACAAACCAUCAGUGUAGCUAAGGCAGGCUUAGUGUGCAAACUGAACACGAGGACCACUAUACUGGCAGCAACCAAUCCAAAGGGCCAGUAUGACCCUAACGAAUCUAUCUCUGUAAACAUCGCACUUGGCAGUCCUCUUCUUAGCAGGUUUGACCUUGUUUUGGUAUUGCUGGAUACAAGAAAUGAAGAAUGGGAUCGCAUAAUUUCUUCUUUCGUAUUGGAGAAUAAAGGCUGUCCAAGUGUGUCAGAAAAGUUGUGGACAAUGGAAAAAAUGAAGACCUACUUCUGUCUUAUAAAGAGCCUACAGCCAGUGUUGACUGACAAAAGCAACCUAAUUCUUGUCCGCUAUUACCAGAUGCAGCGGCAAAGCGAUAGCAGAAAUGCUGCCCGAACUACCAUCCGCCUAUUGGAGAGUUUAAUACGGUUAGCUGAAGCUCAUGCCCGACUGAUGUUUAGGGAUAUUGUGACUGUGGAAGAUGCGGUAACUGUGGUUUCAGUGAUGGAGUCCUCUAUGCAAGGGGGUUCAUUACUUGGAGGUGUCAAUGCACUGCACACUUCAUUUCCUGAAAACCCAAGGGAACAAUAUCGAAUGCAGUGUGAACUGAUCUUGGAGAAGCUGGAGCUACAGGACAUUCUGUGUGAUGAACUCCAAAGACUUGACAGAUUACAAUGUGAAAAUUCAUGCCAUUUUCAGCUGUCUCAGGAGGCCAAGAAAAAUGGUACUGAGGCAUCUUUUAGCAAUAACACACUUGAGAAACGAGAAGAAACAUCUCAUCAGCAAUAUUCUGAUGAGGUGGACCAUACUCAGUUCCAGCCUCAUUCAGCCAAAAGACACCCUGAAGGUGAUGGGUACCCAGGAGGAUUCUUAAGUGGCCAGACAUCUGAUCUACCACCACCACAGAGCAAACAUAGCAAGAAUACCAGCGAUGUUAGCUUACACUGGUUUGACAAUAUAGAGGGUAACUGUGCUGAAACUGAGAAGGGCAUUUGUGAGCCUCCAUGUGCCAGAACCUCUCAAGAUAGUUUGACUUUGAAAGCACCAAACAACAAACCUUAUUCUAAAGAUAAGGAUGAUUUAAUAGAAACCAAUCAUGCUGAGUUGGAAAAUUCACCAACAAGAACAGCUCCAGGGGAUACAUGCAGACAGGCAAUUGUUUCUGACCUUGAUGGGGAAAAGAAAGAAAAGCCUCCAAGCUUUCCUUCAGGAGCAAGCCACGAAGGCCCAGGUGCAGCAUUUCCUACACUACCUGGUCUGGUGAUUACCCAAAGAGCCUCUAAGAAAUGGCAGGGUCUGAACGUUGAAAGGUCUCAAGGAUUUUGUGCAAGUACACCAAAGCCUAAGGAUGGAAGUGGACUUGCUCCGUUUUCUACCCAUCCAACAGUUUCUCCGCAGUUUCCUAGAAAGGAUUCAAACGUUCUCCCAUCUCACAAUUUGUCAAUGAAUCAGAAGUUGGUGACUUCAAUCAGGAAGCGAAGCAGAGAUCAACUAAAGGAAGGAGGUGUGACAGGAACUUUUGAUGAGCCUGAGAUCCUAGAGAAAUCUGGAGAAAAAAUUGCUAAACUAGCCAAGUUUGUAUUUAGGCAGAAGCCAAAGCUUGCUAACUCUUCUGAAAAUGAGAAUCCUGCCAGAUCGCUGGAGACAGUUUGUAGCCCUCAAAGUAUUACCAGGAAAGUAUCAAAGAGAGAAAGGACCAGGGAAAAAAGUUCUGAGGCAUACCAGAAAGAGCACUAUAUUAACAGGACCAGGGGAAAAGGCUCUGAGAUGCACCAGGAAGAACACGAUAUUAACAACAGCAAUAAUAGUAUGGAGGAAAGACCCUGUAAUAGCAACAGAGAGGAGCAGCAGCAAAGGAAAGCAUUGUCCCCACCUUCUACAAAAACAAAAGGAACGAGAGAAGAAAGAGUGGAAGGACUCAAUACAAAGAAAGUGUGCUCUAGUACAUUGGAAAAAUUAUCCAGGUUUUCCUUCAUACCAGCUGCUGAAUCCAAACCAGAGACUCCAUCUCCCUUAACUGUUGCCAGCUAUGACAAGGAAAGGCAGAGGCUGCCACUGAAGAACCAUACUGAAAGUGCAGGCCACACGAGAAAGUGCUUUGAGCUGACAGAAGUCAGCAAAGUUACAGGGAAAUCUUUGUUCUCACUAGCGGAUUUUGAUGAUGCAGCUCUAGACGUUGAUUGGGAGGAAGAGAUUAAGAAAAAAACCAAACUUUAAAAACUUCUG